UGUGAUUGGAGGGAAACCCCGUGUACUACAUUCAGACAGGUUGUGAGAGAAUCAGCUGUGUAACGUAGCUAGCUAGCCAGACCGACAACACCACUAUCCCUUUGCACUCAGUCCUGAGUAGCCAUGGUUGACAAGAGCGAGGUGGUUCAGAAGGAGCUGGUCCAGAAGGCCAAGCUGGCGGAGCAGGCCGAGCGCUACGAUGACAUGGCGGCCUCCAUGAAGGCUGUAACGGAGGAAGGUACCCAGUUAUCCAACGAGGAGCGGAACCUCCUCUCUGUGGCCUAUAAGAACGUGGUGGGCGCCCGGCGCUCCUCCUGGAGGGUCGUGUCCAGCAUCGAGCAGAAGACUGAGGGCAGCGAGAAGAAGCAGGCCAUGGCCAAGGAGUACAGGGAGAAGAUAGAGAAGGAGCUGAAGGAGAUCUGUAAUGAUGUGCUGGGUCUUCUGAACCAGUUCCUCAUCCCCAAUGCUACUCCGGCCGAGAGCAAAGUGUUCUAUUUGAAAAUGAAGGGAGAUUACUACCGCUACUUAGCCGAGGUGGCGGUUGGAGAGGAGAAAGCCGCCAUCAUCGGUAACUCCCAGGAGGCCUAUAAGGAUGCGUUUGAGAUCAGCAAGAAGGACAUGCAGCCCACCCACCCUAUUCGUCUGGGUCUGGCUCUCAACUUCUCUGUCUUCUACUACGAGAUCCUCAACUCCCCUGAGCAGGCCUGCAAACUGGCCAAGACGGCUUUCGACGACGCCAUCGCAGAGUUGGAUUCUCUGAGUGAAGACUCCUACAAAGACAGCACCUUGAUUAUGCAACUACUGAGAGACAACUUGACACUGUGGACCUCAGACAACCAGGGAGAUGGAGAGGAUGCCGAGGAGGGUAGAGACUGACCUGGUCCCUGUUCCCCUUGGUCUGUCUGUCUGACUGACUGUCAUCAUCCUCUACCUAUCAACACUGAGACAGACGGACUGACCACCUCAUCCUGCCCAACGCCUCUCCUUUAGUUCUGUCUGUCACGUCGUCUCACACCUCCAUACGUUUACUCUUCUUUCGGGAAUCAUUGUUGGGGGGGGGGGGUUGCUUUCCA